AUGGCUGCAUCCCUGCCCCAGCACACGUGGCGGCUCUUCCCACUGUUUGUAACGUGGAAGAUUGGUCGAGAUAAACGAUUGCGUGGAUGCAUAGGUACUUUUUCUGCCAUGAACCUGCAUUCAGGACUCAGGGAGUACACACUUACUAGUGCCCUUAAAGAUAGUCGUUUCCCCCCAAUGACGAGGGAUGAGCUGCCACGGCUUUUCUGCUCAGUGUCUCUGCUCACUAACUUUGAAGAUGUAUGUGACUACAUGGAUUGGGAGGUGGGUGUACAUGGCAUUAGAAUAGAGUUCAUCAAUGAAAAAGGAUCAAAACGCACCGCCACCUACUUACCGGAGGUUGCAAAGGAGCAAGGGUGGGACCACAUUCAGACCAUAGAUUCCUUAUUGAGAAAAGGAGGCUACAAAGCUCCAAUUACUAAUGAAUUCAGGAAAACCAUAAAGCUAACCAGGUACCGUAGUGAGAAGAUGACCAUGAGCUACACAGAGUACCUUGCCCAUCGUCAGCAUCAUCACUUCCAAAAUGGCAUUGGGCACCCCCUUCCACCGUACAACCAUUAUUCCUGACACUGAGCCGCAUGACCAGUCACUGGACCUCUCUGCAGACCUCUUCCCAGGAGACCCUGCCCCUUCUUGGUCUAGCUAUCUCUAUUACUGUACCAUUUUAUGAUGAUAGUUUCCGUUGCCAUGUUGAGGCUUCUCCUUAGUUGGUUAAGCUCAUUGUGGCAACGGGUGGGAAAACUGCAUUAUUACAAAGAUCCCAUACCUUUUUGUUGUUAUUUUUUGUUUACUGAGUCACUGCAGAUUUUUUUGCAGCAUAUAGCCCUUGGGAUUUUUAUGCAAUUUUAAAUUUCUACUUUAUUAACAUUGAAUUAUCAAUCAAGACUUUCUGUGACUGUGGAUGGAAGGAAAGAGUUUAAGGGUUGCAGUUAGGCAUUCUUUGUUCAGAGAAAAAAAAGGCAUUUAUGGCUUUUACAUUAAUAGCUGUAGCAGGGAAUGAAACAUUUAUUCUUAAGACCAGCAAUGAUUCUUUAUAUACAAAGAUAUGUUUUCCUCGUUUUUUAUUACUGUUAAAUAAAUAAAGAAUAAAAACCUCUUUCUUUGCUCUGGACCCAGUAAUUUUGCUGGUACAUAAACGCACUGAGAAAACAAACUUUUGUUUGAAACUUUUGUAACAACUUAUGACUGUUUUUGUAUAUCAAAGUUGAUUCUUUUCAAAAUAUUUGGAUCUAGUUUCUAAGUUAUUUUAGUGUUUUCUAUGUUACAAAAAAAUUACUUUGAAUUGUUCACCAGCAUCUGGAGUUAUCUGUAAUGCAAUGGUGACACAACAGGCUUACAGCUACCUGGAGUAGCUUGUUGGGCCUCUCUCCCUUCCUUCCUUAGUAACUUGAUUACGAUAAUAUCACAGAUUACCUGAAACCCCUUCCUUUAUAACUAGAUCCUCCUUCCUUCCACAUUUAAUUGCUAUUAGUGUGAAGAAACUGUUGAAAUGGGCAUUUUAAUAUAAGUAUGGCUUAAAAAGAUAAAAAUGAGGAAAAAAAAAUAGAAGGUUAUCUGUGGGUCUGUGAGAUAUGGCUGUGGAAAGAUAUUGUAGUAGUUUUAACACUAUUGUUAUUACCUUUUAAAUCAUUUAUCCAAUAAAAUAAGGAAAAAGAAUCACCA